CCAAAAAAUUUGUGGCAAGUCGCGGCUGGUUAAACCGUUUUAAGAAGAGGAACGGCAUAAAACACGCUGCUACACAUGGCGAGAAGAAGGCUGCUGACUUUGACAAAGCGUAUGAGUUUCCUGGUAUUUUGAACGAUAUGAUCAAGGGCGAAAAUUACGACCUAGACGACGUUUACAACAUGGACGAGACUGGUAUCUGUUGGAAAUCACUCCCUAAAAAGACUUUAAUUCACGCGGGGGAAAGGGGGGCGGAGGGGGGCAAAAUAAAGAAAGACCGUUUUACCGCCGCGAUGUGCGCAAAUGCGACAGGGACACAUCGACUCCCUUUACUGGUGAUUGGGAAAUACCAAAACCCAAGGUGUUUUAAACAUGUCGUUAGUUUGCCUGUGCAUUACCGCUGGCAAAAGAGCUCUUGGAUUACAAGUGUGAUAUUUAGUGACUGGUUACUAACAUUUAAACGUCUUGUAGAGAGGCACCAGGCAAAAAACGGACGGAGUGGCAAGGUCUUGCUACUUGUUGACAACUGCGCUGCGCACAACACUGUUGAAGGUUUUGACUUUGGUGACAAAUUUAAGCUCGUUUUCCUCCCACCUAACACGACUUCCCUAAUCCAGCCGAUGGAUCAGGGUGUAAUCGUCAAAGUUAAAAGGCUGUUUCAAGGCAAAUUCCUGCGGAAAGUAUUGCAAUGUAAGGGGGGCAUAGUGAAGUUUUAUGACGACUACGACAUGAAGGACGCAAUCGACAUGUUGGUUGCAUCCUGGAAUGAGUUAACUCCUGACAACCUGCGACGGGCAUGGAACAACAUUAUGCCGUUCAGGGAGGAUCGGGACAUCACGAAAUCACUGACUGUUGAACCUGACAAUGACGAAGACUGGACGGAAUUAAUUCAAAAAAUUGACCGGCACGUCACGGUGGCCGACGUACACGACUGGAUGGAGGAGAAAGAAAAGGCGGAGGAGGAGGUGACAGGCGAUGACACUGAGGACAGUGAUAUCCCUGAACUAGAAUAUGACGAUGACAGCAAUGUUGGAGACGACGUGAACGAUGAACUCGAAACAGCGUUUCGCGUCGUUUUGAAGUGGGCAGAAAAGCACCGUGACGAACACGUUAAAACUAUGGUGGAGACAUUGUACUCGUUCUUUAACCAAUAAAACCACAAC